AUGAAUUGUGGCAAAUUGGCAAGCAUCAGAUUGGUGCUUAAUUAUUGUGGCCGUUCUAAAGGCUAUGCCUAUGUUGAGUUCGCUCAUCCUGCUUCUGUCAAUGAAGCCUUAAAACUAGAUCGCAGUUUUAUUAGUGACCUGGAUAAAAAGCAUGAUGCCGAUGUCUGCGAAAACACUUUGGAUCAACGUCCCAUGUUUGUCAGCAUCUGCGAUACUACGGGAAAGAUGAGAGGUCCAACUGCCUUUAGUUUUUCUGGGGGGCUUGAGCCAAAUAAACUCUUUGUUAAAAAUUUGGACAAAAAGGUCACGAAAAAUGCGUUGAUGACGAUAUUUGGCCAGGCCAUAUCCCUCUUGAAUUGCAUCUUUUUUCAUUCGCCUUUUUAUUAUGGUCAACUAGUGGAUGUGCGUAUCUCUACUUUUCGUGACGGUUCACCAAAGGGCCAUGCAUACAUUGAAUUCCUUACUCCCGAUGAGGCUAGCCGCGCCCUAGUGGCUACAGAUGGACUUCUGGUCGGUGACAGUAUGUUGUCCGUUGCAAUCAGCAAUCCACCGCCUAGAAUUCCCCAAAAAAACCGGACAGAUUUCUCAUCUACCACCAAGUCAAAUCAGAUUGAGUCGAAGAAACGAGAAUACAUGCAUUCCCGAACAAAACUGAGCCUUGGUAAUGAGAAACUUGGUCCGAAAGGUCAGCCCGAUCGUGUGGAAUUCCGACCAUCCGAAGACCUCGCCUCUUCUGCUUUAGAAAGGGCUUCAUUCGACUCGAAAUCCUCAAAGACUAAUCAAGAUUUUCGAAAAUUCUUUUUAGAUCUUAAAUAA